UGGAACACUUCCUUGCGCAUGUUAGCUGUCCUGCGGGAAGCUCCUCAUUCCUUUUACUUUCCUACGAUUAUUCCAAAACUCUUGUGCCGAUCUUCAAAAACGCUUUUGCGGAAUUCUUCUUAAUCAUUACGCAUCUUGGGUCUCAAAAGUUUUAGCCGAAUCGUCUCAUUGUCUAGAGAUUAAAGGAAAAUUAUAUGGCUCAAGCAGUUGAAGAAUGGUACAAGCAGAUGCCUAUUAUCACUCGCUCGUAUCUAACAGCAGCUAUUGUCACCACCAUCGGUUGUUCCCUGGAUUCAUUUUCCCACACAGUAUUAACCUCGUAGUUCAAGUUCAAGGCAAACCAUCCAUGUUGGAGUUAGAGGAUGUGUCAGGAAGGAAAAUAACCAUCCUUAUGGGUUAGCUUCAGAAGUAGAAUUAUUUUCAACAACAUUUAGAGUACUAUUCAUGUCAAUCAGUCUACCCCUUUGGGUUUGGAUAAUAUCUCCUCAUAAUUUGUACUUGCAUCCUACACUCGUGGCUAAGCAUUAUCAAUUCUGGCAUCUCAUCACCAAUUUUCUGUACUUCCGGAAAAUGGAUAUUGAUGACUGUUGGAUUUCUCCACCCCGGUUCAAGGCCAGACCCAAGAUAACAGUCCAUUAUCCAGAGAUUUCGGAGCUUCACAUUUGUAUCCAGUCCGAUCCACUCCGCCUUGGGACCGGACCUUAGUUAAUUUCUCCAAUCAGGCUGGCCCAGCAUGUCCGGCCCAAUGAACAGAAUACACUUUGGACUCAGUCUUAAAUCUGCCUUUUAGCCCAGCCUGGAACCAGAAAGAAGAUCUCUCCAUCUGCCUUGUGGACCCAUCCACACGUGCGCUGAGGGAAUCAAAAGCCGUUACGCAUGAGGCAGGUACCCGAUAUCCUCGUAUGUCCGUAUCAACGUAGCAGGGACAGGUGGCCCAAUGAUAGACGGUUUGUUAUACGUCACUAGCAGGCAAGAGGAAACAAAUAAUGAGAGGAAUGGGCUCCUUGGAGGCCAAGUUUUUGAUCACUUACAGAACCUCCGUAAAACCCUUGUAGAAAAAAUCCUAUUUUUCUGGAUCUCAGAUCAUCAAUUGGCGCCGUCUGUGGAAAACGGAAGGAGAUCUUUUCAUCACCGGAAGUUCCACCUUUACAAAACCCACUGAGAUCCACGAUGGCUAAUCACAACGAAAACAACGCCGUUCCAAACGACCUGAGCUCUGCCCAAGAGGGGCAGCAGUUCUCCUUUUCUAGUCCUACAACCCCAAAUAACCAACCACCCAUUCCUCUCAACCCCUCACCAAGCCUGGCUGGGAACGUGCCCCCCACGGCCUUGUCCAACCAAGACCUCUAAACCAUUGCCCUCCAGCUACAAAACACCGCCCACUGGUUGUGGCAACUAAUGUAACAAAGGGGCCUCAGUACCCCCGUAAAUGCGGUGCCGGUGGUAGAAGAGCUCCAGACCAAUGAACCUCAACCUACUCUUAACCAUCAUCAAACCAAUAGCCGUGAAGUUGGGGAAGAGGAAGAACCGGAAGCUAGGAUCCAUGGAAGGAGGGUGAGAGAGAUGAUCGAAAAUGAUGGGGCUGAUAGUUAUUCCGCCGGAACAACUAGGUGGACGAGGAGUGAAGCGGAGGAGGAAGAACACCGCCUGGAGAAAAAGCCCAGGCAGGAGGAGAAGAACGUAGACCAAAAGCUGCAGGAACUGAGAGAGCAGCUCUUAGCUGAGUUGAGAUUGAAGGAUCAGGAUCAAACUCUCCUACCCACCUCUUCACCCUUCUCGAAGUGGGUGCAGCAGGAGACUGUUCCCAAGAAGUUUAUGAUACCACCAAUGGCGGCCUAUGACGGAGCCGGAAAUCCCCGGGAGCAUGUCUUGAACUAUAAAACUUUCAUGGAGCUGCAAACCUUGUCGGAUGCCUUGAUGUGCAAGGUAUUCCCAACGACGCUCUCGGGGCCAGCACGGGCGUGGUUUAAUAAUCUCGAGUCCGGAAGCAUCAACAGCUUUGGAGACCUGGCCACUCGCUUCAUCAGCCGGUUUAUCGCCGGGGUGCCUGCAGAUAGGAAGACGAGCUAUCUGGAGAUGAUCCGGCAAAAGAGAGAUGAAUCGCUCAGGGAGUACGUCGCUCGUUUCAACACAGAGGCCCUGCAGAUUCUCGAGCUCGAUGAGGGAAGGGCGGUAGAAGCCAUGCAGAAGGGGACGACCUUGGCCGAGUUCUUCGGCUCUUUGAGUAGGAAGCCUUCGACCUCACUGGCCGAACUAAUGAAACGGGCGGAGAAGUAUAUAAGGCAGGAUGAUGCCUUAACAACAAGCAGGUUCGCUAGAGGAGCGAUUGAUAAAGGGAAAAUCCUGGAGGAUCAAAGGCCAGAAAAGCACGAGAAGAAACAUGGCAGAAGGCCUGAGCCAUACAAACAUCCCUGGGAGCGAAGGAACCAGAAGCCUCUCCCCCCGGGGUCCCAGAGCAGAAGUCACUCCCUCCAUGGGUCCCAAAGAAGCCGACCCCACUCAACGCUUCUAGAGCCGAAGUGCUCAUGGCUGUCCAAAAUAAAGAGUUCUUUCAAUGGCCCAGGCCUAUGACGGCAGAAGCAAGCCAGCGAAAUCCCGAUAAGUACUGUCAGUACCAUCGUACGCACGGCCAUGACACCAAUAACUGCUUCCAGUUGAUCACAGAAAUCGAGAGGCUGAUAAAAAGAGGGCACCUCAAGAACUUUGUAAAGAGGCCGGAGGAACAAAGGCCUUAGCCGAACUCAACACAUCAAGCACUCAGGAUAACGGGAGCAAGUCCAGUAAAUGAUGGAUCCAGUGGGACCAUCAACAUGAUUACUGAGGACACAGGAAGUCGGAAACCUGUCUACCUCUGAUCGAGACGUCGUGGAAAUUACACCAUGUGGACGGAUUAGUGAUGAAUCGUGCUCAUCUUUCACACUUUGGAUAGUCAUACCGGCUGAUGUCGAGACAAGGUACGCCUAAUUUGACAUGUGCCAUAAGCGUUAGGAAAACUUACGAGAGCAAAUAUUAUUUAUUGAACUAUGCUCAUUGUAUGAAGUAAUACUGUUAUUUAGAACUAAUUUUACGUUCAUAUAAGGUAUGAGACUGAAUAACAAGUGCGACAUAUUGUUGGUGAAUAUUAUUGAAUUGACGAUGAACAUCCUCGCCAUAUACGCUUUGUGCAAGCUCUUAUUUUGCAGAAAAAUCCUGAAUUCUUCAGAAGACCCUGAGACAUAGAGACCUCAGAGGUGCAAGGCUGGCGAGGAUC